AUGCCUUUCUACGAAUUAGUUUGUAUAGCUCGCCACAAUAUUGUCGAAAGCAACUUGAAAGAUCUUUUAAAGACUUCAGCAAAGCAAGUGAUCAAUCGUGGUGGUGUUGUUAGAGGGUUCGAUAACUGGGGAGAUAUGAAGAUUCCCCACAGAAUCAAGAGACAUCAGGAAUACUUUACUGAUGGAAGAUAUUGGGCUAUGCACUUUGAUGCCAACCCCCUCAUCAUCCAAGAACUUGGAAAGAAGCUUGCUGUUGACACUCGUGUAUUGCGCCAUACAUUCAUCAAACUUGGUGAUAAACUGGAAACAGUUGUUGCUAGACCCGACAAAACAUAG